GAGCGGCUGCAGCUGCCGUCGUGGGUGCCGCAGGUGGGCGACCAGCUCAAGGUGAAGCCCGGGCUCGAGUUCACCAACAAGGAGGGCGAGGAGGUGUACGGGCCCGGGGACUACGGGUACGUGAGGCGCAUCCUGUCGGACGGCGCGGGGGAGAAGCAGAAGAAGCGCCUGGAGAUAGUCUGGCCCAGGACGCAGAAGCUCUCCAGCAUCUCCGUGGACAAGUGGAACAGGCUCUACGACGGCCUCGUGGGGGCCGAGGCCCUCCGCGUCCGGCGCCCCGCCUCGGGCGGGAAGCCCCUCUACUCCUUCGAGGUGCCCCCCGGCUUCCAGAAGAGGUACGAGCUCCAGCCAGAGGUCGCGAGGUACGGCCGCAAAGACGGGGCAACCAUCUAUCGACGACGCCCACGGCGAGUCACCGCCGCCCCCUUUUGGCCUCGCAGAGUGCGCCCGCGAGGCCCACGCCGCCCGGCCACGGCACGCCGGGCACCCCGCGGCACAGGCCGGCAGGGGGCCUGCGGGUCCAGGGGCCGUGGGCCGAUCCCGCCUCGUUGCCCGGGGUUCUGCCAGUGGCCACGCGUGAGCCCUACCCUC